UCCGAUAUCCUCAUUCAACUGCUAUCAUCCCAAGGCAUAACAUCGUAUCUAAAAAAUAAAAGGGCGCUGAAAAAAGCAAAACUUUCGUAAUUAAUAAUUUGCCACAAAAAAUGCCGAAAGUUCAAGCCAACAAAGUGCCUCAGGAAAAGUCAAAGCUCAGGAUGAAGAAAGGACCUGGGAACAAAACGAAGCCGAAACAGGAAAGAAAUGUUGCCGCAAAGGACCAGAAGAUGCCAGCGGACCAGAAGGACGAACAAAACAAGCUGAAGGCUUCUGUUAAAAAUAUUCUACAGGUAACUGUCAAACAUGACGAUCUGGCUGAGGAUAAGAAGGAGUUUCCCAAGGAUAAAGACGUUCGGCCAAGGGCUGAGCGUAGGGAAAUGCGCCAGUUAGUUAUCAGUGACGAAAGUAUCCAGCGUUUCGAGCAAGUUGCAAUUAUCCUCCCAGCCCCGGAAAUGGGCCGUGCCAUCAUAACCGAAGUUCGUCAGUUUGUUGAUCCUGAUUUGCAGUUCCUGGCCCGUUUGAAUAUGCUGCCAGUCCGCCAGGGUAAUAAUCGGCAUUUGUGUCCAAGACUGAUCAGAAAUCGCUCGGCACUAUUGUUGCAUUGUGCCAAUCGCCUCAACAACGAAUACGAACGUCUUUUGCGCUACAAUCGCCGUCAGAACGCACUUCGCCAGAUGAUCCGUCUACAGCAUAAUAAUAAUUGGCUCCUGUUUGAGGUUGAUUGGACAAACUUUAUAAUGUUAACGGUUGGAUUUAUCCUAAUGUUAGCUGUUAUCUCGAUCUUUUGCGAUCCGGUAUUUUUUAAUCCACGCUCGCCGAGGAUGCCACGUCCCAGUCCCUUUUUUGGGCAUCGCUUCUGGGCGGCUCUUCAGAUUAUGAUGAGCUAUUGGGGCAUGGAUCCCAAGUAAAAUUUCAUUUGUUUUGUUAUUCAUUUUCAAAUCUCUUGUUGUCAAUGUGGCCUUUUAAUUAAAAUGUUCAAAAUUUUAUCACA